GGUUUUGUAGCAUCAUCUCCCCGGCGGCUUCGAAACCCUAAAAACCCCCAAAAGUUUAGCUUCCCGUCAAUCUCCAAUGGAGGAGUCUCCUGCUUCUAAGACGGAAGCUCAAGCUUUCGUAUACGAUACUCUUACACCUCUCUGUUUCUCAAAUUCGAAUCUAUCUCCUCCGCCGCCAGUUCAUGACGAAUCUCACCAAUACUCUGUUUUCCGCAAAGAGAUUUCAGAUUUCAAAGACGACACAGCGCCGGUUGAAUCAGCUACGAUUGAUUUCUUCUCACUGGACGUUGAUGCAGGGAGUAAUGAUAACGACGUCGAGCCUGUGACCCCUGUGGUGGUGGCGGCGGCGUCGUUGUCGAAGAAGAAGAGUAAAAAGAGGAAGAAAGAUGAAGAAACAGAGCAACCUAGAUUGGAGAGUAACUGGUUUAGUGAGAAUAGCUUUUCUAAGAUCCCAAUGCUUCAGUUGCAUAAAGAAAUAGUAGAUUUCUGUGAUUUUCUGUUACCAACACAAGCAGAGAAAGCUGAGCGUGAUGAGGCAGUGGCGAGUGUGUCAAGUGUUAUUAAGUAUAUCUGGCCGAGUUGCAAGGUUGAGGUUUUUGGGUCAUACAGGACAGGAUUGUAUCUUCCAACAAGUGAUAUUGAUGUGGUGAUUUUGGAAUCAGGUCUCACAAAUCCACAGCUAGGUUUACGCGCACUCUCCAGGGCAUUGUCACAAAGGGGAAUUGCAAAGAAUAUCAUGGUAAUUGCUAAGGCUCGUGUACCAAUUAUCAAGUUCGUUGAGAAGAAAAGCAACAUUUCAUUUGAUCUAAGUUUUGAUAUGGAGAAUGGACCAAAGGCGGCUGAGUUUAUACAGGAUGCAGUAUCAAAGUUGCCCCCUCUACGGCCAUUAUGUCUAAUUCUGAAAGUAUUUCUACAGCAGAGAGAACUUAACGAGGUGUACAGUGGUGGAAUUGGCUCAUAUGCACUUCUUGCAAUGCUCAUUUCAUUUCUCAAGUACCUCAAGGAUGGUCGAAGCGCACCUGAGCAUAACUUGGGAGUUCUAUUGGUAAAAUUCUUUGAUUUUUACGGGCGUAAGUUAAACACCGCAGAUGUUGGUGUAUCUUGCAAAAAGGGAGGAUCUUUCUUUUCUAAGAGCAACAAAGGUUUCCUGAACUUGGGCCGGCCAGGGCUCAUCUCUAUAGAGGAUCCACAGACACCAGAUAAUGACAUUGGGAAGAACUCAUUCAACUACUUUCAGAUUCGGUCAGCCUUUGGAAUGGCCUUAUCUACUUUGACAAACGCAAAAGCGAUCCUAGCGUUAGGACCAAACCGAAGCAUCCUCGGCACAAUAAUCAGACCAGAUCGGAUCCUGUCAGAGCGCAAAGGAGGGAAGAAUGGAGACGUUACUUUCAGCAGCUUGCUUCCCGGAGCAGGAGAGCCAUUGCCUACUGAUGGAAAAAGCAAUGGCGGGCUUUUCUGCAAUUGGGAGCUCGAAGAAGAUGAAGAAGGUUCGUUCCCAAGAGGGAGUACUGCAAACGGGGACAUUACUCCGAUAGUAGAGACUCCUGGUAAGAGAUCGAAAGAGUCUUCUGGAAAGAAGAAGAAGAAGAGUAAGAGUAAGAAGGAGGUAGAUGAAGAGGAAGAAGAAGAAGAAGAAGAAACGAGUUCAAAGAAGAAAAGACGAUGGAAGAAGAACAUAGUUGGAUACAGAUGGAAGUACUGAGAUGUUACUUUUUAGUUGGUUGAAUUUGGAACCAGAAAGAAAGGUUCUAUUAUGGAUGGACACACAGAGACUAUGAGUGUAAAUUAUAAUUUGGUAAAACAGUUCUUUAUGCUGUUUGUAACAAAUUAAAAGAAUUUACCAUCAGUUUUGAGUAGCUUUUAAUUUUUUUUUUAAAAAGAGAAUGUAAUGGAACAAAUUUAGACAUUUAGUAAUCAAUUUUAAAUUAAAAAUA